AUGCCAGCCUUGUACUCGACCCUGGAGGAGCGGGCCCACAUGGCCCCGCACCUUGCCCAACGCAGCCUAAGCGUCAACCAUACACAGGCGAUAACGCUAGGGAUCAUGGCCGUUUACGUGGUUGUUAUCGCCUUACUUUGGAAUCUGCCAUAUCUUCGCUAUUCAUUAUGGCCUUUCAAGAUGCUGGUUAUCGCGUUUCACGAAUUCGGGCAUGCGAUCACUGCUUGCUGCACAGGUGGAAAGGUCGAGUCGAUCUCCCUUGAUCCCCAUGAAGGUGGCGUCACCCAUAUGCGAGGAGGCAUGUCUGCGAUCACACUGCCGGCGGGAUACCUGGGGUCAUCCAUUAUUGGCGCUCUUUUGAUCUUCGCUGGGUUCGAUGUUGUGGCUAGUAAGAUUGCAAGCAUUGUUCUGGGUUUGACUAUCGGCACUAUCCUACUUGCGGUCGGCUUCCUCGUGGCAUGCUGGUUCAUUGCCCAUGCUGAAGCCUUACGGUGGUUCGUGCUAUUUAUCGGCGUCAUGUCUUCUCUAUACAGUGUAUGGGAUAUCUGCGACGACCUCAUUCUCCGCAAAGUCAACAGCUCGGAUGCCAGUGUGUUCGCCAAGAGAUAUGGAGGAUCUUCUCAGUGCUGGGGUGUCAUCUGGUCUCUCAUCUCGCUGGGAUUCAUGGCAGUUGGUAUUAUUGGGGGAAUCGCAGCAUUCCCAGAGUCUUUCAGCCAGCAAGAGAAAGAUUCGAGCCAUUUCAUUCCUACCUUCUAA